AAGCCGAAAAUGAAAUAGUCCACCAAUGCCAGCAGUUCUAUAACCUAAUAUUCAAAAUUAAAAUUCAAAAGAGAAAACAGAACCAAUCGAUAAAAUCAUAUAAUCAUACUAACUAGCCGAACUCCGAAGACCAUGGGGAUCAAAUCCAGAAAGUUCGUUUUUAUGAACUGCCACAUCUAUAUGCUUAAUGCAUUGUUAGUGAUGCGACUGAAAAUAUUUCAGUAUCCCUAACUGACAGUGCUACCCAUUCUCAAAAUGUACUGCCUCGAAUACAAACAAACAAAAAAAAAUAAAAAUAAAGAAUUAUUUGAUUGAAUUUUACAAUGAAAAGUGGUGAAAAGAGUGGAUGCAUCUCGACGGGACGGAGACUCACUCAGGCGAGACUGACGUGUUAUCCUUCACAUGGGCCACAAGCCCUACGGAUGCUACAUCUUCGGAAAAUAUUUCAACCGUGUCGGCAAUCGGAACAACCACUUGUACGUGCACGGCAUCAAUUGGCCCCAACCAUCAAACUGUGUGAUGACCUAACAAUGACAUAUCAAGUAAAGAAUCCUUUCAUUUACUUUACUUCCUUUUUUAUUUUGUUUUUAUUUUGAGAAAAAUAUGAUAUAACGUAACUAAGCAAAAUGUGAAAAUUAUUAACAGAAGAACUACAAUUGCAGAAUAAAUUAUCGAAUUUAUAUAGAACUCACAAUCAUUGACCUGUAUCUAAUUCCUAGAUCCGCUUCUAUGCUUUAUUAUUCGUAUAUGUACAAGUGACAGCACAUACACAAUCCAUGGUAUCAGUUCUAAGGAACUUAAAAUUAAAAAUAAAUAAUAAUAAAUAAAUAAUACAAAUUAAUUGAAAAUCAAAAAGGCUGAUUAGCGGCAUAGGUUCCCCUUGGUGUAUAUAAGUGCCCAACACGACAUAGUAGACAUCAGUGUGUCCCAGUUCAUUGCCUUGAAAUGAAGAUCAUAUUAGCUGCUGUUGCAGUGCUCGCUUGCCUGAUCCUUUGUCAUUCGGGAUCUGGACAAUUUCUACAGCCAGACUGCGGUGUCGUUCCUAAUCAUUUUACAUUUAGAAUAAAGGGGGGCACAGAUGCAGCAAUAGCCGCCAAUCCGUGGAUGGCAUAUUUGUAUACGUCCUCAGCUUUCGUAUGUGGCGGAACGCUUAUCCACAAACGGUUCGUUCUAACAGCAGCGCAUUGCAUCUCUCGCGAAAUGCCACUAAAGGUUCGCCUGGGAGAGUUCGAUGUCUCUAGUACUUCUGACUGCAGCGAUUCGCAAUGUCUUCCGCCCCAUGAAGAAUAUUUCGUGGAAACGGCCUUUAGGAAUCGUCUCUUCUCUAUGCAACGGGGAAGGCAUGACAUAGGUCUGCUUCGAUUGACCACGGAUGUGGAAUACAAAGUCCACAUUAGACCGAUCUGUGUGUUCGUUGACCCUGAAUUGCGGUCGUCGGUAGAGGCAAUUGAGUCAUUUACUGCCACUGGAUGGGGUGUGACCGACAGCGGAAAGACAAGCCGAAUACUUCAGAGAAUAACCAUCAACCGGCUCGACCGUAGCAAAUGCAAUCGCAAAUUUCGGCAGACACUGCUACAGAGCCAGAUCUGUGCAGGACACCGGCAAGGCGACACAUGCAACGGGGACUCUGGCGGCCCAUUGAUAACAUUUUUGAAUGGAACCCAGAACCGCUACGUUCAGGUCGGAAUUGUCAGUUAUGGCAGCGCGAAUUGCGAUGGUCCGGGUAUCUACACAGAUGUUUUAUACCAUGCAGAUUGGAUCCAGCGCGUCGUGCGAGAAGACGAGAUCAAGAUCUGAUUCAAACUUAAACAAAACAAAAAAAAACUAUAUAUGUUACAUAUGUACUAGACUUUUCAGUUUUAAAAACCUAAUCACAGCUAUAGGCAUCGAUUUUUUUUAAACUGAGAUCCCAAUGGUUUUUGUGGCAUAAAUUUUAACAAUGGCGUGGGGCAGUAGGGAUCAAAGGAAAGGGAUUUCGUGGAACUGUUUAAGGCCUUGAUCCGUAUCGUAAUAGGAGCUUUAUGAGAACCAUAAUCAUUAAAAUUGCACUUGGCUGAAAUUUCUCUUCUUUUGGGGAAAGAACACAAUCUGCCCCUGCUUGAUCUUUAUGGUUACCAAAUUCUGGUUAAUUGGACACUAAAAUUUGAAUUAUUGGAUUUAUUUAAUUGGAAUCAAAUAGCAACUUUUCUAUUAUUAUCUUUA